AUGGCUCAUCGAAUUUCAAAAGAGGAAUUAGAUGAGCAGUUUGAAGAGUUCCUGAAAGAGUCUCUUUCAGAUGACUCACUUGGAAGCUCAAAGAAGAAGUCCAGUAUUCUUGAGACAUUGGGACAGCCCAGGAAUAAAGAAGCGAAGAAAAAGGAUUCGGUGCUGUGGUGGUUGUCUGACAAAGAUUUGGAUGAUGCUGAUUCAGUUUUAGCUUCUGGGCCUAGUCAAGAUAUCGUGGGAGUUGGAUUGGAUACCUUGGAAGAACAAGAAGAAAAAGAGAUCUUCUUUGCCAAACUUGAACAAGAAGCUUCUUCUACUAUUGAUUAUUCAAGACUAAAUCAAGAGCUGGAAUCCAAUGAUUCUGUCAUUCUGGUGCCGUGUGUACGAAAUGAAAAAAAUGAAAAAAUGGAAAAAGGAGAAGAGGAAGCUGCUCAUGAAGAGAAUUCUGGUAGGUACAGUGAAGAUUUUGAAGAAGAAACAGAUGAUAAUCCUGCCCUUAAAUCUGAGGGAAGUCAGGAAGAAGCAAACACUGGCAUGCUGGCUAAGGUUGUGUUACUUGAUUCACAAGAUUCAACUACAGAACUUCAGAAAGCCACAGAAACAUCAGACAUAGCUCCAGGUGAACGUGAUGAGCCUGAAGAAGUCAGUGGAAUUGAAAUGAAUGAAGCAGGCACUUCCUAUGGACAUACCACCAGUGAGAUUGAAGCUUUACAACAAGCAUAUCAUCAUGUUGAUCAGUCUUUGGGAGACACUGACGAGCAGAAACUGCACAAUUCUACAGUGGCAGUCUCAGAAGGCUUAGGGCAAAGCAUGUCACAAAAUAAUGAUGUCCAGUCAAAAAACAUGUCAACUGUUGAAUCAGAUUUACCUACUGUGGAAGAAUUGAUGAAAACUAUUAAAGGACAUUCAUGUAGUAUCAGAAGUUUUGAUGUGGAGCCUGAAAGUCCUGUGAAACUGGUAGGCAGCACAGCAAAUGACCUCAUCAGCCACUUGCCCUCUGAAGACCUCCAGAGAAACACAGUUUGGGAGACAAACUUAUCUGAAAGGUUUAACAGAGAAGAAAGCACCUUUCUACAGAGAGGUGUGAGUGACGAUAACUUUCAGAGGGUGACUGAGAAAGAAAUUCAGACCAGUGAAGUGCAGCCUGAUAUACUAAGAGAAAAAAUAGUCCAAGACUCUCUGCUUUCACAAGGCAGCAAAACUGAAAAAGUUCUUCGGUCUUGUUCCUUGAAGAAUGAAAGAUCAGAAUCAAUGACGACUAAACCAGUGCCAUCCAAGAAUAUCAGAAGUCCAGCAGCCUUACAUAAAAAGAAACCUUCAUAUGGUCCUCAUGGGCUGGUUAGAAGUUCUGGCUAUGGGAAACCCAGUUCACUCUCAAAACAGUUGUUUCCAGUUAACGAAAAGAAAACACCAAAAGAAACUUUGAAAAAGACCUUUAUGAAAGCCAAAAGUCCUGCAGACAGAGCAAAAUCUAAAGAAGCCUUAUUUGCUACUAGGAUAAUUAGAUCUGCAACAAAUGAACCUACUUUGGAGGGAAGUAUUAACAGAGUUUUGUCUGGCCAAUCAGUUGUUAAUAAUGUUGGACACCAGGCUGUGGAUUACAACAGGCAACAUCAGCAUGAUUUAUCAUUUUCUCCUACCAAGAGCUGCGAUAGAGACCUGUAUUUGUUAAAACGAGUACAAGUUGCAGAGGAGGACCUGAGCACAGCUCGUGAUUUGAUUCAGCAGCUAGGCAGCAAGGUCUCACAAACUGAGAAACAAAUGGAGACAAAGAUAGUAGAAUUGAAAACACAGCAUGAAAAAGAGCUUUCUCGUCUGGGUCAGGAAAACUAUGUUCUUCUGAGUAAGUUAAGAAGUAUGGAAGAGAUGGCUCAAGAAAAGAGGUUGAGUCACCAUGCAGCAACAGUUCCUGUAACUGAAGAAAAACUGGCACAAAUACAAAAAGAAAUUGAAGAUCAAGAGGUCAUUAUUCAAGGUUAUCAACAGGAAAAUGAGAGGUUAUACAAACAAAUGAAAGAGCUACAGAUCCAAAACAAAAGAAAUGAGGAACAAAUGUAUAAGGAGAAUCAGUGUUUAAUGGCUGAAUUAAUAGACCUAAGAGAAAAGAUAGAGAAGGCUAAUCACCAGUUCCACAUCGUGCAGGAUUCUGAACCAGCCAGAAAUCAGAGUUUCACAGAAUUGAUUUCAGAGCUUCGAGCAGCACGGAAGGAAGAAACUAAAUUACAGGAAGAGAUAAGACAUCUCAAACAAGAUAAGCAAGCUCUUGAGGUAGACUUGGUACAAGCAAAGAAGGAGAGAGAUUUAGCAAAAGUCCAGAUUGCAUCUGCAUCAAGUGAGAAGUCUUAUGAAUUGAAAGUUAUGGAAGACUCAUACAAACAGGAAAUUACUCACUUAAAAAAAAGACUUCAGUGGUAUGCAGAAAAUCAAGACCUUUUGGAUAAAGAUGCAGCUCGUCUUAAAGAUGCAAGAGCAGAAAUUGAGAAGCUAAGACUAGAGGUUGAGAAGCUCAGAGCUGAAGCAGGAGUUCAGUCUGUGCAACAGAAGAAACGUUCAGGAGACAGAGCAGCAGAUGCUAAAAGAAUUCAGGAUCUUGAGCGACAAAUCAGAGAAAUGGAUGGAAUUCUAAAAAGGAGGUAUCCAAAUUCUUUGCCUGCUUUGAUUUAUGCUGCUGCUGCUGCUGAGAAAGCUAAUGAUCUUUCAGCUAAAACAAACACAGUUGAAUUUUUGGAGAGAAGAAUAAAGAAAUUAGAAACAGAACUUGAAGGUAAAGAUGAUGAAGCUAAGAAAAGUCUCCGUGCCAUGGAACAACAGUUUCAAAAAAUAAAGUUACAGUAUGAGCAAAGACUUGUAGAGCUUGAACAACUACUCGCCUAUGACUUUGUGAGUGAAACACCAAACCUGGAUGAUGAUAAAGCCACUUCUACGGAACUUGAACAGGAGCUUCAGAAUCUAAAGCAGACCCAUCAGACCACUGUUAGAAACCUCCAGACAGAAAUUGAAAAUCUUAAAAGCCAAAAUUCCCAAUUAAAACUCAGAGGUAAAAAUGAUAAUAAAGACCUGGCAUCCACAGACUCUAAAAUGAAACAUGGGAACACAAAAGACAGAUUGUUAAAACUAAAUGAAGAACUGGUCACCAAAAAUAGAGAGAUACAAGAUCUUACAAAAACUGUAGAGAAACUUCAGAAAGAAAGGAUGGUGAUGUUGUGCGAUAAUAAUUUGAGAAAUAAAACCAAUAAUAAGGGCAGCUCUACAGAAGUCUUGAAAACAAAUACCUCAGCAACAGAUAAAAGGAAUUCUGGCAACAGUGAACCCUUUCUAAGCAAUUUCAAUGAUGGCAAAGUCUACCAACCGGAUACCUUUUCUGACUCUCAUCUCUUGGAAGUUCUGCAAGAAAAUGCAAAGCUGAAAGAGGAGCUAGAGAGAUUGUCUCUAGAAAUGAGCCAGCAGCGAGUGAAGUCUCAAGCUGCACUGGCUUUUUCUGAAAAUAACAUCCGAAGGAUACAGGAAGACACAGCAGAAUACAUUGCAUCUCUGAAAGCUUCCUAUCAGAGGGAAGUGGAGAAGAUUGUCUGCCAGCAUGCAAAGGAUCAUUCUACUUCUAAAGUAGCUGAGCUAAACAACAGAAUUUCAGCACAAGAGAUAUUAAUAAAACAUCUUCAAGAACAAAUUGGUGAACAACAGAGACAUCAGGAAGCCCUUUUAGUUUCACAGAUCCGAGAGCAGCUCCUACAAAAAGAGGUGACAAAAUUGGUGGAAGAACUGAGAGAGGCUAAGGAGAGCCAGAGGCCUGAAAUGAAGCACUUCUUGUGCCUGGAAAAGAAAAUCAAGCACAUAGAGACCAGACAGGCAGAAAGAGAGCAAGAAAUUCAAAAGACAGCCCAACUAACCCAGUACAUUACUGAAGCAAGGCAAAGCCACGAGGCUGAGAAGUGGCGAAGAUUGGUACAGCAGAAGAAUCAAGAACUGGAGAAAUUUCGAGUGGAAUUGGAUUCAAUAUUAGAUGUUUUACGUGAACUGCAGAAACAAGGGGUUGUUAUUCCUGCACCUGAUUCCAGUGGAUUCAGCAUGACAAACAGCUUUUGGAAGACAUGAUUAGGUAGGAGUUGAUUAGAGAAGCAGAAUUUU